AUGGGAUUGGACAUUGUCAUUGUCGGUUCAGGUCUGGCAGGUCUGGCCGCUGGUGCCUUUCUCAGGAAGCAGCACACCAUUACCAUACUCGAGAAGAGCAAGCUCGACUUCCAACAAAAUGACUACGGUAUCUCAGUCAUCGCAAAUGCAUACAGUCUACUGCAAAAAGCCGGUAUAGAUGAUACACAGCUGGACAUGGCAGUCAUGACGAAGCUCUGGCAGAGGACCGCCGGUAAUGAGGAAAUCGUGACUGCAGAUUUCGAUACGAGGAAGACCUUCGGCGCACCCAGUGUUCUGACUAAACGGAGCCACUUACAAAGGGAGCUGUACAGAUUGGCAACGAGUGCCGCACUGAAGGGCCAGCCGGCAGAGAUUAUUGAGAACAUCAAAGUCAAGAGCGUUGACGCAAACACUGGAAUGGUAAACACUUCGGACGGGAGGUCCUUUUCUGGCGACUUGCUCAUAGGAGCCGACGGUAUCAACUCGGUCGUUCGUGCUGCUGUGUUGUCCUCAGACGGCAAGUCUGCCUGCGAAGCACUGGCGACAUCCCAUGAUCUUCUGGCCUACAUGGCACAAAUUCCUCUAUCCGCCUUGGCUUCUUCUCCAUCCCUGAGCUUCCUUGCUGACCCCGAAACUUCGGCUGGACUAGUGAAUUUCUCAUCUCCAAGAGGCAGAACUGACAAACUUCGGAUUCUUGGCUACCAUACCUCUCCGAGAGAGUUCCAACUUGUCGGAUAUGCCUCAGAAGAAGAGUUUGCUGCACAGUUUGACCAGUUUGGCACAAGCAUCAUCAAAGGCGUCCCUGCCUCGCGGGCAAAACAUGCUCUCUCUGAGUUCGACUCGGCAAUCACGGACCUGUACGACCAUCAUCGCUCUGGUGAUGGCACUGUCGAGGUUUGGGGGAUCCGAGAUCUCGAUCCUCUUCCUCGCUGGUCGCUCGGCAAGACUCUGCUCAUUGGCGAUUCUUGUCAUGCAGUAACGCCUCACGCCGGGCAGGGAUGCAAUAUUGCUUUUGAAGAUGCCGAGGCGCUAGGCGUCGUAUUGGAAGAUGUCAACAGCGAUAUGGAGAUCGAAAGCGCUUUGGAAAAAUUCCUCAAGAUUCGAAAGGAACGGGCAGAGUUCGUGGCCAAUGGUUCCAGACACAUGGGUGCUCUGCUUGGGCCAGAGGCGGGACCUUUUGAUGAGGGAGCGAAGCAGGCUCUAGAGCAGCUCGAAGGUACCGCAUAG